AUGAUAACGUUGCUGCUCGCUCUGUUUGCCACCCCGGGUUCGGCACGGGCUCUGCAGCAGAGGUCCGACUGCGUGCUUGAAUGCGCUCAUCUGGAGAGUCACAAAGCCUACGAGGCUUGCUUAACGGAAUGUGCCAAAUCUCCCAGGAAGGACAAUGUUCCCGACGUUGCUUAUUAUCCUGCCCCACCGACGAACAUCUCAAUAGAUACGGCUGUAGUGAUCGACAGCGGAAAGUUCCUAGAGACAACUGUCACUUGGAGCGCGGCCAAAGAUAUCUCGAGAACGGGAUUCUAUCUUCGCUUUAGUGCGAUUGGCGAACAAUGUCAACAUGAUUUUCCUGGAUACUUCGCUUCCAAUAUUGGACCUAAUGAACGAAGUCAUCCAAUUCCAUUGUUGUUCAACAAUCAUCCGCUGGUGGUAAACCAUGACUGCGAGUACAAGUUGCAGAUGCACUCGAAACCCUAUCCAUAUGGAGAUGCAGCAUACGUGACCAUAGCGCAUCACUCAGUUCCGCACUGCAUCGACGGUUUCUGCGCCUGUAGCGAAGGAGCAGUUGCACUGCCAACGGGCCUGUCUGCUGUCGAAGUGAAUGGGGGAGUGGAGAUUAAAUGGAACCAUGAGCCAAAAAACGAUCGUAUCUACACAUUUUACAUCACUCUGCAUGAAAGAUUUCAUCCGCCAAUUGAAUUCAAAGAUCCAAAUGCGUUUCGGUUUCGUAUCGCUGAAGAUGGUGAGCGGGAGCACCGUGGAAUGAAAAAUCAGAAAAGCUAUCUGUACAAAUUCGACUACGAUCUGAAGCGUCUCAACGAAUACAAGAUCACGCUCUUUGCUGAGGAUGAUCACUUCUGCCAUACCAGGGACAUUGUUACAUUCUUCAACACUUCAGCAUACGAGCCUGUUGCUCAGUCAGAAAUUGUUGAAAAUGCUCUUGAAAUGCAGCCGGCUAGGCCUUCCAACAUCUCGUCCAUAUUGGUUCUAGGCAUCACGAAUGCUACCGAAGAACAACCAAAAAUGGAGACGGUAGAAGUUCAGAGGACGCCAACGCUCAACAAAGUUGCUAACAUGCUCCAAGAGAUUGAUCCUUCUAUUUUCAUUGCGUCCGUAUUGCUGUUCACUAUGCUCAGUCCUCUGUGCACAAUUUUGAUUUAUUGCUUGUAUCGGAGGCGACAGAGCGUCAAAAAGCGGAAGUUGCCACGUUUUGGGCCGUGGACAUUGUCUCAUUCGAGGCACUCAAUCCUGGAAACAAAUAUACUUUACCGACAACCAGUUGAAUUCCGAACACCUCAAACCGAAGAAGAAUGGCUGAUACCAGCGGAUGAUGUGAGCGUGGGAGGUGUUAUCGGAGAAGGCGCCUUCGGCUUGGUCUGCAAAGGCACCAUGAGUGGCCCAAAAGGGAUGGUUGUGCGAGUGGCAAUAAAACAGCUCAAAACGAAUGCCAUCGAUGAGGAAAGAGAAGAAUUUUUGCGCGAAAUGGACAUCAUGAAGCAGGUGGGACGCCAUCCCAAUAUCGUGACCAUGUACGGUUUCUGCGAAGAACCCGACUUUCAAUGCAUGGUGAUGGAAUACGUGCCGUUCGGCGACUUGAAACACUACUUACAGAAUCUGCGAAAGCAGUUAUCGUUGGCCGUUUCGACGCUGAAGACUUCGUUACGCAUGGAUGAAAGCGUGUCGGCUGCAAUGCACUCGUCACUUAUCGGUACAGAUCAGCUACAGUACUCCCUCGAUCCUGCUGAGCUACAGUCGUUUGCCGCACAAGUUGCCAAUGGAAUGGCUCACUUGGAAUCUCUCAACAUUACGCAUCGAGAUCUAGCUGCACGAAAUAUUUUGGUUGGAGAGAACAAACAGCUGAAGAUUAGCGACUUUGGCAUGUCAAGACCCGGCAUUUACGUAAAAAUGAGCAAGGGUGUGAUUCCAUUGAGAUGGCUGAGUCCUGAAGCAAUUCGUGACAAUCUGUAUUCGACUAAAAGCGAUGUUUGGGCCUAUGGAAUAGUACUGUGGGAGAUCGUAACUUUGGGAGGAUUUCCGUACCCGACCGUGUGCGAUAAGGAUUUGCUACAGUAUCUUCUAGAUGGAAAUCGGUUGGAAAAGCCUCUCAGCUGUUCGGAUGAGAUAUAUGCGGUGAUGACGGAGUGCUGGCGCCUAUGCUCGAAGGAAAGGCCAUCGUUCGUUUGCCUUUGCGAUCGGCUCGGUUCUCUGUCGAUUCCCUAUGUCGAGUUCGCCCCGAACACCACACUGCCACCGCACGAUGGCUUUGAACUCAUCGACAGCGGAACAAUCAUCGCCCAGUGA